GCCCUUCAGAACGUCACGGUCGGCGACGUCAUCUCAGCCAUGGGAUCUGAAGCCCAUAGUCACGAAGCACUGUCGCGGCAGACGCAUCUGGCAAUCCUGAUCAACGGACGAUGGCAGCCAGAAGAGCAGCCAGUCGACUGGUGCGACAGCAUGCUCGAAGACACGUGCGAGGACUUGGAGAGCAGAGACCACUCGAUUCGCGACUCCGAACAGGCGGACUUCGAGGACGGGUUCGACGACUGGGACUGGGUCGACAGUGAGAUGCAGCGCGAAGCCGAGGAAGAUGCGCGUGAGAGAGUACAGUGGAGCAAAGAAAUGGAAAUCCAGAAUGAAUACCGCCAGCGUCUCGCCAACAUGACUGUGAAGUACCUGAACAUGCAAGGUAGCGAAAUCCACACCUCGAAGCCUUAUCCACUCUGCCAUGUCGAACCGUGCGAGUCUUUCCGGGAAGCCUGGCUGCACACUUUGCACGAAGGAAACAGCCCAGAUCGCCGUCUCUCCCUGCGCCAACUACGUCUCAGACGACAAGAAAUUAAGAAGCCUAUCCCGGCGGAAACGCUGCAAUAUCGCAGCGCCAGGGAAGUCUUGCUUCACGAUUUGGACAGCGGUCCUGCAGGACCCAUCCCCCUCGACACCACGAAGCUGGUCUUGGGCGGGGGCGUGAUCACAGACACCUGGAGCUGGCGUGAACUGUUGGGUCACAGCUUGAGCAACGACGUCGUGCACGUGCAAGUUGUCUACAUCUCAGAGAAAGCCACAGGUGCAAAAUCUGAGGAUUCAGGAUUCGUUGCCAUGGCCCCUUGUCAUCGGUGCGGCUUCGGGACAAGGAGCGGCAGAGGACAGGGAUGGUGCAGCAAUCCGCAGUGCCGCCAAGCCGAAAAAGAGGAGUGCCUGGCCCAGAAGAGCGCAGAGAAAAUUGUUUGGCAGCAACAACGGGCAGCGCAGGGAGCGGGCAGUCGUGGACCCUUGCGCGAAGAGAACAGCAGAAAGGCAGAGCGCCGACAGCUGCAUGAGGAAAGGGCGCGGGCAAAGGCAGAGGAGGAAGCAGGCGGCCGUGGACCUUUGCGUGAAGAAGACAGCAAAGAAGCAGAGCGCCGACAGCUGCGUGAGGCAAGGGCGCGGGCAAAGGCAGAGGAGGAAGCGGGCGGCCGUGGACCUUUGCGGGAAGAAGACAGCAGAGAAGCAGAGCGCCGACAGCUGCAUGAGGCAAGGGCGCGGGCAAAGGCAGAGGAGGAAGCGGGCGGCCGUGGACCUUUGCGGGAAGAAGACGGCAAAAGGGAAGAGCGCCGACAGCUGCGUGAGGCAAGGGCACGGGCAAAGGCAGAGGAGGAAGCGGGCGGCCGUGGACCUUUGCGGGGAGAAGACGGCAAAGAGGGAGAGCGCCGACAGCUGCGUGAGGCAAGGGAGCGGGCAAAGGCAGAGGAGGAAGCGGGCGGCCGUGGACCUUUGCGGGAAGAAGACGGCAAAAGGGAAGAGCGCCGACAGCUGCGUGAGGCAAGGGCGCGGGCAAAGUCAGAGGAGGAAGCGGGCGGCCGUGGACCUUUGCGGGAAGAAGACAGCAAAGAAGAAGAGCGCCGACAGCUGCGUGAGGCAAGGGAGCGGGCAAAGGCAGAGGAGGGAGUGGGCGGCCGAGGGCCCAGGCCUUGA